AUGAAUCGCACCUCGUCUUCGCACUCGCGCACCCGUCAAUCCUCACACCCGCAACCUGCCCGCGAACCUUCACAAUCGUCCCAAGCUGGACGACACAACCCAUCCUCCUCGCAACCCGCGAGACCCACCCGUCGCGCAUCCCAUGCCUCAUCCUUUCGCCGUCGCGCGUCUUCGUACGCUCAGUCCAUUGAUUCAGACCCCGAGGCAGCCGAGACCACCUCGACAGACCAUGCCAUUGUCGAAGAGAUAGCGAAGAUCAAGCGCUACGAGGACUUCACGACAAUAGAUUGGAUCCAAGACGCCGCUCGUGAAUCUCUGCGCCGCAAAGCCCGUCGCAAAGAACGUUCCAACCCGCUACACGCUCAUCUAGGCGCUAAAGCCUUCCUUGGCCGCGGCCACGGGAAAUGGCGUCGCAAGAUUGCAGAAGCGUAUGAUGCAGGCCAAGCCUGGAUUGUUGUCACACUCGUCGGAGCUGCCAUCGGAUUGAACGCCGCAGUCUUGAACAUUGCGACCGAAUGGCUCAGCGACAUCAAACUCGGGCACUGCACCACCGCAUUCUACCUCAACGAGUCAUUCUGCUGUUGGGGCGCGGAGGGUGAGUGUCCAGAAUGGAAGCGCUGGUCGAGUUUUGGGUUCUUCAAUUACCUGGCAUAUAUCUUGUUUGCGGGCGUUUUUGCCUGGACGGCGGCGACGCUGGUCAAGAGCUUCGCGCCUUAUGCUGCGGGCAGUGGCAUCAGCGAGAUGAAGUGUAUCAUUGCGGGAUUCGUCAUGAAAGGGUUCCUUGGCUUUACGACACUGUUCAUCAAGAGCAUCGGGCUGCCAUUGGCGAUUGCAAGUGGAUUGAGUGUAGGCAAAGAGGGCCCAAGUGUGCAUUAUGCGGUUUGCACCGGAAAUGUGAUUUCGCGGUUCUUCGACAAAUACAGGCGCAAUGCGGCCAAGACGAGAGAGAUUCUGAGUGCGAGUGCGGCAGCUGGAGUGGGAGUCGCAUUUGGAAGUCCGAUUGGAGGUGUGUUGUUCAGUUUGGAGGAAAUGAGUAAUACGUUUCCUGCAAAGACGCUCUGGAGAAGUUAUUUUUGUGCGUUGGUUGGCACGGCUGUCCUUGCCGCGAUGAACCCCUUUCGCACCGGUCAACUGGUCAUGUUUCAAGUGCACUAUGAUCGUUCCUGGCACUUUUUUGAAAUUCUCUUCUACCUUCUCAUUGGUGUCUUCGGCGGUCUCUAUGGCGCCUUUGUCAUGCACUGGAAUCUACGCAUGCAAGUCUUUCGCAAAAAGUACUUGUCCGCCUGGCCCGUCACCGAAGCGGUCGUCCUCGCCACCCUCACGGCGGUCAUCUGCUACCCAAACAAGUUCCUUCGCAUCGACAUGACUGAGAGCAUGGAAGUCCUCUUCCAAGAAUGUGACGGCGGCAAAGGCUACGAUAAUCUCUGUAACAAGGAUACUCGCUGGGGAAUGGUUUUCGCCUUGAUCAUUGCGGUAAUCAUACGUACCCUCCUCGUCAUCAUAUCCUUUGGAUGUAAAGUCCCCGCCGGCAUCUUCGUCCCCAGCAUGGCCGUUGGUGCCGCGUUUGGUCGCGCGCUGGGAAUCACAGUCCAAGCCCUCCAUGAAUCCUAUCCAUCUUCUCCGCUCUUCAGUGCCUGUGCCCCAGACGGUCCAUGUAUCACCCCCGGUACCUACGCUUUUCUGGGUGCUGCGGCGGCGCUGAGUGGGAUCAUGCACAUCACCGUUAGCGUGGUGGUCAUCAUGUUUGAAAUUACCGGUGCCCUGACGUAUAUUCUUCCCACCAUGAUCGUCGUCGGUGUUACCAAAGCGGUGUCGGAACGUCUGGGCCAUGGCGGUAUUGCAGACCGCAUGAUUGGACUCAACGGCUACCCUUUCCUGGAUGGCAAAGAAGAGCAUUCAUUCGGUGUGCCAGUGAGCAAAGUCAUGGCAGGCAAAGUCGUCUGUCUACCAGCCACAGGCAUGGAACUACGACAACUCGAGCGCCUCAUGAACGAGAAGCUCUACCAGGGCUACCCCAUUGUGGAAAACCUCUCGAACAAGACCUUACUGGGCUACAUUGGGCGCACAGAAUUGCGAUAUGCGAUCGACCGGGCGCGCAAAGACGGCGCAAAGGCAUCGACCCAAUGCAAUUUCACGACCGAAUCCACCAUGGGCUCGGCAAACAAGGUUGAUUUCUCACGCUUCUUCGACCCAACACCACUCGCUGUGCACCCUCGUCUCCCACUCGAGACGGUCAUGGAGCUAUUCAAGAAGAUGGGGCCGAGGGUGAUUCUCAUUGAAUACCGCGGACGGCUAACGGGCCUGGUCACCGUCAAGGAUUGUCUGAAAUACCAGCUUAAAGUCGAGGCGGGCGGGGGUCGGGGUCAUGCUGGUGGUGGUGGAAGUAGUCAUGGCGGAGGUGGAGCCGGGAUCGGCGAGGAUGAGAGGAUGGAACGGUUGGCUGCUUGGGGGAGGAAGAUGUUGGUCAGAAGUGGGGUUGCGAGGUGGACUGGGGUGAGGGAGGAGGGGGAGGUUAGGCUGGUUAGUCCGUCACUGAAUAGGGAUUUGGGGAGGAUGGCGGGAGAGGAUCGUGACGAUGGUGAGGAGGGCAGUGGGAAUGAUGAGAACGAGGUGGAGUUGGAGGAUAGGAGGGGAUUGCGGUAG